AAUGCCCCUCUGGUGGCAGUACUCCACGGCGGAUACCAGCUGCCUCAAAAUACCUUGGGCCUCGUUCUCGCUCAGGCGGCCGUGGAUCGUCAGCCUGCCACAGGCCCCGGCGACGCGGCGAUCAGCGUGUUAAGCCCCGCCUCGCACUCCACGGGACUGGGCGGGCCGAAGCUGCUAUUGGAGGAGGCGGCGGCCAGACGCCGCGCCUGGCCCAGUGCCGCAGUUGCGGCUCUGCAGGCCCGUCUCCGCCCUUGAAGUCCCUGCUGCGCGCCCGCUCGGCGACCAUGGCUGUGUUAGCGGCCCUUCUGCGCGGCGGUGCCCGCGGGCGAAGCCCUCUGCUUCGGAGGCAAAUGCAGGAAGUAAGAUAUGCGGAGCGAAGUUAUGUAUCAAAACCCACAUUGAAUGAAGUGGUCAUAGUAAGUGCUACAAGAACACCCAUUGGAUCCUUUCUAGGCAGCCUUUCUUCCCUGCCAGCCCCUAAGCUUGGUUCCAUUGCAAUUCAGGGAGCCAUUGAAAAGGCAGGGAUUCCAAAAGAAGAAGUGAAGGAAGCAUACAUGGGUAAUGUUCUACAAGGAGGAGAAGGACAAGCCCCUACUAGGCAAGCGGUCCUGGGUGCAGGCUUACCUGUUUCUACUCCGUGCACCACUAUAAACAAAGUUUGUGCCUCAGGAAUGAAAGCCAUCAUGAUGGCCUCUCAGAAUCUUAUGUGUGGACAUCAGGAUGUGAUGGUGGCAGGUGGGAUGGAGAGCAUGUCCAACGUUCCCUACGUAAUGAGCAGAGGAGCGACACCAUAUGGUGGUGUAAAGCUUGAAGACCUUAUUGUGAAGGAUGGGCUAACCGAUGUCUACAAUAAAAUUCAUAUGGGGAACUGUGCUGAGAAUACUGCAAAGAAGCUGAACAUUGCACGAGAUGAACAAGAUACUUAUGCUAUUAACUCCUACACCAGAAGCAAAGAAGCAUGGCAAGCUGGAAAAUUUGGAAGUGAAGUUAUUCCUGUCACAAUUUCAGUAAAAGGUAAACCAGAUCUAGUGGUGAAAGAAGAUGAAGAAUAUAAACGUGUUGAUUUUAGUAAAGUUCCAAAGCUGAAGACAGUUUUCCAAAAAGAAAAUGGCACAGUCACAGCUGCCAAUGCCAGCACACUGAAUGACGGAGCUGCCGCCGUGGUUCUGAUGACCUCAGAUGCCGCCAAGAGACUCAACGUUAAACCACUGGCAAGAAUAGCAGCAUUUGCUGAUGCUGCUGUAGACCCUAUUGAUUUUCCAAUUGCCCCUGUAUAUGCUGUACUUAAGGUUCUUAAAGAUGUAGGAUUGAAAAAAGAAGAUAUUACAAUGUGGGAAGUAAAUGAAGCCUUUAGUUUGGUUGUACUAGCAAACAUUAAAAUGCUGGAGAUUGAUCCCAAAAAAGUGAAUAUCAAUGGAGGAGCUGUUUCCCUGGGACAUCCAAUUGGGAUGUCUGGAGCCAGGAUUGUCGUUCAUUUGGUUCAUGCCUUGAAGCAAGGAGAAUACGGUCUUGCCAGUAUCUGCAAUGGAGGAGGAGGUGCUUCUGCCAUGCUGGUCCAGAAGCUAUAAGACAACCUCUGUUGUUUAAGGCGACAGCCCUACAUGGUCAGAAAGGCCUUCUGUAAUCAGUGUAACUACCUUGGGUCACCUUGUACUCAAAAUGUUUCUUUUUUAUUAUUUUCUAUUUUAAUUAUUU